AUGAAUCUAGUAGCAGAUACAUUUUCAGGCCUGGGAAUCGACCUGGGAAAUGACUCUAUUCAGCCUCUCUGGGACAAUGUCAGGCUCAAUCACAGGGACUCUUUGAAGUCUCCUCUUUUCCCAAUUGUUUUGACUGUGUCUUCAUACUUUGUGUUCUGGCUCCCCUUCCUGGCAUGUGACAUCAUAGGGGACAGAUGGCCAUUGGUCCAGCAGUUCAAGAUCCAGCCAAGCCGGCGGCCAACACCUUCCAUGCUAUUGCAUUGUGCUGGCAUCACCCUGCACAACCAUAUUCUCCUUGUGCUUCCUGCAAGUGUGGCUCAGUGGGCAUGGAGACCACCGGUGACACUGCCAGACCAAGCCCCAUCCUACUUCGUCUGGCACCUGCUGCAUCACAUAAUCCACUGGUUGUACGUCACAUUCCAUGCAAUACACCACAACUACUCAGCUCCCUUUGUUCUGGCUACACAAUGCCUGGGAGGGUGGGAGCUGGUCACAGUGGGCUUUUGGACCACCCUGAAUCCUGUCAUCCUGAGAGGCCACCUUCUCACCACGUGGGUCUUUAUGGUGCUCCAUGUCUAUGUGUUUGGUUAUGAUUUUCCUUGGUCCACAUCUUGUCUGAUACCCUUCGGUAUUUAUGGAGGGCCCAGCAAGCAUGAUGUGCACCAUCAGAAACUCAACAAGAACUUUGCACCGCACUUCAGCCACUGGGAUAAAAUAUUUGGUACACAUGCUGAUUUCAGUUUCUCUUAUUCUUACUCAGAGCUGGCGAGAAAUACAUUCUUAUGA